GAAAAGUUACUGGGAGCUUCCGCUCAGCCAUCCACUUGUUGAAAAAUAGGUUGCGGGUACACAACGACGCUUGUCUAACUUUAGAACCGAUGUAACUAAAAAGAAAGAUAACGAAAUCAGAAGAUUUCGCCAUGGUUGGUUUUAGAGACGUGGGUGCUUUAGGCGCCUCGGUGGUUAUUGCCGGGGGUGUGGCAUACUUUGUUUGGAAUUACCUCUCGAAGCAGAAGACGUCUCAACCACCUGCUAAAGAAGCAGAAAAACCAACAGAAGAAUCCAUUAAACCAAUCAAACAAGACGGAGACGGGGACGUUAAAGCCGAAGAGAUUCGGCCUGUUUCUGCUCCUGUUGUGGCCACAGAGGCGAGCGUGCAGUCUACUGCUGUGUCAGAGACUGUCAAGCCUCGUGGGACUCAGGUGCUGGUGCUAGGUUUGGAUGGAGCAGGAAAGACCAGCCUUCUACGCUCUUUCACAAACAGCUGGUCAGGAGAGGAGCCACAGCGCACACAGGGGCUCAACGCUGUGUCUAUCAGCAGAGAAGACCUGGCCAUUGAAUUUCUUGAAAUUGGCGGGAGUGCAGAGUUAAGGCAGUACUGGCUGAAGUACGUGUCCAAGGCCCUGAUGCUGGUGUAUGUGGUGGAUGCCUCAAACCCACAGGUCUUCCCGUUGGCUAAAACACAUCUUCAUGAAAUUCUAGCCACUGAGCCUCAUCUACCCUUGAUGGUGCUGGCCAACAAACAGGACUGUGCUGGCGCAUGUACCAUCACUGACCUCCAUGAAGCCCUGUCCCUGUCUCAGCUGGGUGAUCGGAAGUUGUUUGUGAUUGGCACCUAUGUUACAAAAGAUGUGGAGGAGCCCAGUUCAGGAGUGGAGGAUGCACUGGAGAUCAUUAUUGAAACAAUCCAAACACAGAGAUAAAAUACACUGGCUUUUGAGAUGUGUGUGUCAUGUUUGUGUUUUGAUGGUGUUUUCCUUUGCACUGUGUCUAUUUUGAGUUUACUAGAAUGCAUUUUGUCUCUGUGUGUAAUGUCUUAAAAUAUGUUUGCUUGUGUUUCUCAAUGUCUUUGUUGUUUCUGAUGUAGCUUUGUUAAGGACACUAAAGGGCUUCCAAUCAUGUUUUGAGGGAAAACCACCAAAGAUAUGAGAUUUAUAACCAAAUUCAGUGACCUUCUUUAGACUACAAGGAGAAUACAGCCUUUAUACUUCAGGGUUUAUGGCUUUACAGUUAUAAUACAGGAUAUAGAUUGUAAGUACUUAUAUUUUUGCUUAAUAAGAAAUGCCGGAUGUUCUGUUCUUUUCUUCUCUUCAUAUACUACUCCAGGGAAUUACAAGACAAUUGUUCAUGUGAAGAGUUUCUUUUGAAUAAACAGUAUGUACGUAUUGUUGUACUAAAAUUACUGUAUAGUAUGUGUUUAGCCCCUGAUGCAUCUUAAAAGACCAU